UGGAGCUCCACGGCCAAAGCCCAUCUCGACUCCCUCACCAACUGUACAUGCACAACUCGACGCGACAGCCGCGGCAAAUCGCCCUCGCGGAAGACUGCGCGUUGCGGCGAGUAAUGGACUGAUCAGAAUGUCAGGUGUCGUACCUCAUUCGCCAUGGCCCUCCCGCGCGGUCAGACGAACCUCGCCAACGCCAACGCCCACGCCAACAUGGCCAUGAGCCUCGCGCCGCCCGACUUCCCCGAACCCUUUCCCACCCACGAAGGCGCCUUCAGCGCGCUGCAGCAAUGGGCGCGGGAUCACGGAUACGCCGUCUCGCGCCACAAGCCGAGCAACUACGCCAAUGGCCUGCCGCGCCGCUACGAGAUCGUUUGCGCCUUCGGGGGCACGCCCUACACGAGCAAGUCCAACGGCAUCCGCAAGAGCACGACGCGCAAGACCAAUUGCCCCUUCAAGGUCAAGCUUGUGCAGCAGCGCGCCCUCGGAGACCUGUGGGCCAUGACGGUCAUGUGCGGCCACCACAACCACGGCCCGAACGACCCCGUCACCUUUCGCGAACACAGUCGUGGGCGCGGGCAACACGUCCGGGACGUCGAGGCCCAGAGCCGUGAGGCCGGAGCUACGGGACGCGGCAUUCGGACAUCCCUCCAGGCGAACAACCCAGGGCUUCUGGUCACAGAGCGCGAUGUCUGGAAUGCGCGAAGUCGCCGGCCACACGAUGCUGCCGAGUCCACGCCAACUGCGGCGACGCCCUCACAACCCGGUCAACCGAGGCCACGUCCGCGCAAGCAGGCUCAGAACAACGAUGCUGCGGCUGCGGCUCUUGCAGCUUCAAUAGGCACCAACAUCGUCGCUCUCAUUGAUAUGCGCCUCGCCCAAUACCUGCCGCCACCGUCAGGCGGGCCAUCAGAGCAGUUUUCAGUGCCUCCGUCGGAUCUGUCGCCACUCCCAAUCAGCAGCCAUGUGGCCGCCCUGGUCGAUAUGCGCCUUGCGCAAUAUCUAACGCCCCCUUCAGCAUCGCCGUCAGCAUCGUCGGCCCAACCGCCGCCCCAGCCGGCACCUCAACCACCAGUCCAAUUACCCGCGCUACCAGCAACCUCCCAAGCUCCUGAAACGGCUGCGUUUCAAACCAAUCUCAUUUGGCAAGAGCCAAAUUUGGGACCUUCAGCUGCACAAGGCGCAAUAUAGUGGCGGACAGGGAUGCCAUGACCCGUGCAUUGUUCAAAUGCAUUGUCCUUUGGUCACCCAGUAGUUUAAGUAGCCACAAAGUGCCUAGAAGGAGAACAAAACAAACGAGUCAUUGAACUUUCAAAGAGUUCAUUGAGUAAUUAUUAAUAGAAGAACAUUCACCCUCAUCGAUCCGAAUAGUUGACGCACCGGA